CCGUGAACAAUAGGUGUCUGUCUGCAUUGCUAGAUGGGUGCAAGCCUGGAGGUUUGUUACCAGCUGCCAAGGGAAGUUUCAACCUUUUCUGCCGGAACGUGGAAAGCAUAAUCCUCAUUCCGGAAUGUCUUCAUUGGUACUGAUAAGGUUGCUUUCGAAUUCCUCCGCAGUUGCAUCAACUUCUUCUUCUUCUUCUCCUCUUCUCAUUCUUCCGUUUACUGAAUAUACCCGUGUCAAAGCCGCCCAGGGGUUUGACCUCUGCCAUACCAACCACCACUGUGAGACCAUUCUUAACCUUGCAGCUGUUGUGCAUUUGGCCUGGCCUGUUCCAUUGCUACUACGGUCGAAGACGACUGAAGGCUGCAUAUCGCUAGUAGUAGAUGUGUCGCGAUGUCCCAGGUCGACUCUUGCGGCCAUGCAGGAAUGCAGACUACGAGUCCCGACCUCAGGACACAGAGCACCAAGGGAAGCAAGGUAUUGACGAGCGUGAUCAAGAUUCAGUCAAUGACGAGGCGUGGAAGAAUCACAAUAACCGGCAUCGUUACAUUUUUCCUUCCGAUGCUUGCGAUCAAGAAGUAUGUCACUAGAUAGGAAGGGAGUGAGUUGCGUGGAUAAAGAUAAGAGAAAAGACCGGGUAU